UUAGAAUAUCACAGAAAGCAAAAGCAAGAAACAAGUUUCUCUCAAAGAUAUUCUAGUAUAGAAGUCCAUAUGGAUAUACCGCUGCUACUUUUUUUGAGUAUUACUAUUCUCGGCCUCAAUCAUAAUGCUGAGGGAAGUCCCUUCUCAUUCAGAGAAGCUACCGUGCAUGAUAUUCGGAUUGCCUUGGAUCAUAACAGACUCACUUCUCAGGAAUUAGUUAAAUUCUACCUCAACGAGAUUAGGAGACUAAAUCCAGUUCUUAAUGGAGUCAUAGAAGUUAAUCCAGAUGCUCUAUAUUUAGCCCACAAGGCAGACCAGGAUCGAAAGGCUAAGAAGCCAGGAUCCGAGACAGGACUGGCUGGUAUUCCGAUUCUGCUCAAAGACAACAUUGCAACCAAGGAUAAGCUUAACACAACAGCUGGAUCUUAUGCACUUCUAGGAUCAAUUGUACCUCGGGAUGCUGGGGUGGUUAAGAAGCUAAGGACGGUUGGUGCAAUUAUAUUAGGAAAGGCCAGCAUGACAGAAUGGGCUGCAUACAGGUCAAACAAUGUGCCUAAUGGUUGGAAUGCUAGACGUGGGCAAAGUGUGGAUCCGUACCUUAAAUCUGCUGAUCCAUGUGGAUCAAGCACCGGUUCAGCAACAUCAGUUGCAGCAAAUAUGGCUAUGGUUACAUUGGGUACAGAAACAUAUGGAUCAAUUUUAUGCCCUUCUAGUUCUAAUUCGGUUGUGGGAAUCAAACCAACUGUAGGGCUCACAAGUCGAGCUGGUGUUGUCCCUAUUUCACAUCGACAGGAUACAGUUGGGCCGAUAUGCAGGAGUGUGUCUGAUGCAGUGCAUGUUCUCGAUGCCAUCGUUGGAUUUGAUCCUGAUGAUGCAGUAGCAACAAAAAAAGUUUCGAAGUAUAUUCCUCAUGGAGGUUAUUUGAAAUUUCUUAAGUCUAAUGGACUUAAAGGAAAGAGAUUGGGGGUUCCAAGGUACUCCUUUGUAGGAUUCGGCAACUCCUCUGAAACACUGAAAGCUUUUGAACCUCACUUCCACAUUCUAAGGAAACGAGGUGCAGUGUUGGUAGACAUUGUGGAUACAGCCAUAUUCGACACCGUCGUAGCUUCAAUGUACAAUGACCAAUUCAAAGCCAUGAAUGUGGAAUUCAAGCUGGCAUUAAAUGCUUAUCUAAAGCAGUUGAUUACCUCUCCUGUUCGAUCCCUAGCCGAUGCAAUAGUCUUUAAUAAGAAACACUCAAAGUUGGAAAGGCUAGAAGAAUACGGGCAAGAUACAUUUGAGGCAGCAGAGAAAACCCAUGGCAUUGGCGGAAUGGAAAGGGAACUACUUCUUAAUUUAACUAGAGCAUCCAAAAAUGGAUUCGAGCAGUUGAUGAAGGAAAAUAAAUUGGAUGCCUUGGUGACACCUGCUGCUAAUAUAUUAUAUGCUAUAUCCGCCGGAGGAUACCCUGGAAUAAAUGUUCCAGCAGGUUAUAACUCUAAUGGCACCCCAUAUGGCAUUUCUUUUGGAGGGCUAAAAGGAUCAGAGCCAAAACUGAUAGAGAUAGCAUACGACUUUGAGCAAGCCACAAAGAUCAGGAAGCCACCUCCUCUUUGACGAGUACAUAUUUAGGACGUAUAUACAGCUGAGAUUCUUCAUUUGAUAUUAAAAUCCUUGAUUGCAGUACAACUAUGGUAUCUUUAUUGAGAAAUUCUGAAUAAAAUAUGCUAUCUCUCCAACA